AUGAGUGGUCCCGACGCACCGAAUGCGACUCAGUCGCCUGACACUCAAGGCCGGACACAGCAACAGCAGCAACAACAGCCUCCUCGUCAGUCCGGACAUGCGCCGUUUCAAUCGCAAUUACAGUAUCUGUCACAAGGUCAACAGCAUCCACAACAGCAACAAUAUGGCCAACAACCAUUCGACAUGGGCCAGCUGGCAGGAGCGUUACCUGGACAGUCCCCUCUAGCACCACAGCAUUACGGCGGCCUUGAUCAUUCUCAAGGUCUUGCUUCACCAGCUCUCUACCAAACAGCACAAGGCAUGUACCCACCACAAUUCGACCCUGCUAUGCUCGCAAGAGCGCAGCAGCAGCAAUUCCUUGCUGGCCAGUAUGGAGGACCAGGUCCAAUGCAGAACAUGCAACGACAACAGAGCUUUCCCAUGCAGCAACAGGUCCAAUUCUCCCCAAUGGACCCAUACGGAUAUGGAUUGAGCCCUAAUCAAUUCUCGCCCAUGGAUCCUCGAUUUGGGCCUCAAGCGCAAUACAUGGUGCCUCCAGGCAUGCCUGCUGACAUGACUCAAUUUGCACCACGCCCAGCCGCCGACACAGGUCCCAUCCCGAACUUCCCCCGUGGACCACCACGAAAGCCGAAGCAGUCUGGGCAUGCGCUAUGGGUUGGAAACCUGCCCCCAGCGGCAAUGGUGACGGAUCUGAAGGACCACUUCUCUCGGGAUGCCACGAACGACAUCGAAAGCGUGUUCUUGAUCGCCAAGAGCAAUUGCGCGUUCGUGAACUAUAGGACCGAGGCUGCCUGCGUCGCAGCUAUGAACCGCUUCCACGAUUCACGAUUCCAUGGUGUGCGCCUUGUCUGUCGUUUGAGAAGAGGCACGGGCUCUAGUAAUGCGAUCACGCCAACGGAGGAUGGUGCGAACUCUCGGCUAUCACCUCCGGCAGCGCGUACCCCCGAUGGAGUAGUUGAUGGUGCAGAUGGCGUCGAUGGCGUCGACGGCGUUGACGGAGUGGAUGGAGACAACAGUGGCCCUACGAUUGCGAGGAGUCAUUCUGGUCAAAGCGGUGUCUCAGAUGGGUCCCCAGGCCCGACUCUGGGGAGCGCACCUCCAGCAGCAACAGCUGGCGAGAAGGUGCCCGAGAAAUACUUCAUUGUCAAGAGUCUUACUGCCCAGGAUCUGGAAGCCAGCGUACGAAACGGCAUCUGGGCAACACAGUCGCACAACGAGGAAGCUCUCAACCAGGCCUACGGUCAGACAGAAAGCGUCUUCCUCGUCUUCUCCGCGAACAAGUCAGGCGAAUACUUCGGCUACGCACGCAUGGCCUCCGCAAUCUCUGGUGAACUUGUCGACCUCUCCAAGACCUUCCCCUCCGCCGAAGAAGUAGCCGCCGACCCAGCAGGCUCACCACAGUCCAUCCCCACACCAGCAACAGCGACCGCACCCAAAGGCCGCAUCAUUGACGACUCCGCACGAGGCACUAUCUUCUGGGAGGCAGAUCGUUCCGGAGAAGACGCUACAUCCUCAGGACAAGACGGGGGUGGUCAGAACUGGGGCAAACAAUUCCAGAUCGAGUGGCUAUCCACUAACAGGCUCCCUUUCUACCGCACCAGAGGCCUGCGCAACCCAUGGAACGCGAAUCGGGAAGUCAAGAUUGCGCGUGACGGCACCGAGCUGGAACCAAGUGUUGGAAGACGAUUGGUACAAAUGUUUCACCGCUCGUCGACACCGCAGUCUGGCGGUGGGAUCGGUGGCGUUCCGGCGCCUGGAAUGGGAUUCCGUUGA